AUGGCAGUGUUGUUAUGCCAAUCAUCAUGGUUAUUACUAAUUCUUUGUGCUUAUGUUAUUGGUGGUACAUUAAAUCAUACACUAGGAUUAGCAUUACAUGAGUUAGCACAUAAUUUGGCAUUUGGACAUAGUAGACCAAUGUGCAAUCGAUUACUUGGAUUUUUUGGUAACUUACCGUUGGGAGACAGUGUCAAAGAUACAGACAUACCAUCAAAACUUGAAAUUAUAUUGUUUUCAACACGAAUAGGAAAAUUUAUAUUUUUAUUAAUAAUGCCGUUUUUAUACCUGUUUCGACCGAUGUUUACUCACCGAAAGCCAGUACAUAAAUUGGAAGUAGUAAAUUCGAUAAUAAUUACAUUUCUUGGUUUAUCACUACAUCCAUUAGCUGGACAUUUUAUUGCUGAACAUUUUGUGUUUACAGAAGGGUACGAAACAUAUUCGUAUUAUGGGCCAUUAAACUGGAUUACAUACAAUGUCGGCUAUCACAAUGAACAUCAUGACUUUCCCUCAAUUCCGGGUAGUCGGCUCCCACAAGUUCGUCAGAUUGCUGCAGAAUAUUAUGAAAAUUUGCCACAUUACACAAGGUAUAAUCGUUUCUUCUACUUUUCUUCUUUCUUAGCAUAAUUGUGUGGUCUUUCGUUUUGGGCAGUUGGAUAAAAGUUUUAUAUGACUUUGUCAUGGUGACCGAUGUUGGACCGUGGGCUAGAGUAUUACGAGAAACUAAUACUGACAAGGUCGGUGUUCCUAGUCAGCAAGAUUCAAACAAACAAUCCCGUGAAUAGUAAACAAUGCAACAAAAUAGUGAAGAAUAAUCAUUUCUUACACAAGUACACAAAAAUGUUCUUGAUUCUUAGGUAUAUUGGUCAGUAUACGGAGCGAAACUUAGAAAGACUUAUUGCUUCAAAGCAUAAGACAUGGUUAGUGCUACAUGACUCGCUAAAGAUAACGAGCGUAUUUCUAAAGGCUUUCGAAACUAUGUCAAUGUAUGUUAUUCGUGUACUCUAAUUCUGCGAAAUAAAAUCUAGCAAAUUUUCAUAUGUUAGAGCAAAAGCCGGAUCGCCUUUAGACCAACAUUUUAAUGCACUGCAAGCGUUUUCCCACAAAACCCUAAGAUUCUGGAUAUCGUAAAAUUUUGUAAUAGAUAGCCUUAAUAUUUUCCAAUACAAAAUAUUCUCGACUUGCGCUCGAUGAACAGCGUCUGGAUAUCUGGUUUCGCACGUCAUAGAGAGAGAAUAACGUUCACCAUAUUUUAGAAACCGACUGUGAUAUCAUGCUAAAUGGCAAAGUUGUUCAGAACCAUGAGCUCUAUCAUAUCGGUAAGAACCGCACAAUACAGUGGGCAUUUCGUCAUAGAGCAGGCGGACAUCUGGCUUUUUGAGUUAAAAAAUGAUUAUUUCCGCAUAAUCGAUGCCAUUCGAAUCGAUCGAUUUUCCGUGUUUCUCAUUCGUACGAUUUCGGUUAAACUAUUAAAUUGCUCUCUAUCGAUACCAGUUAAACAGCGAUAGCCUUCAUCACUAUAGAGAAAGGGGUCAUCAAAAUUCAAAAUAGUACGUGGUUUAGACAAAGACUGUGGUUUUAUCUGUUCCAAAUGUGAUUGAAGUUCUUUGAUUAAGAGAGAGAUCUGAUCGCCGUUUGCAGUAUUUUCAGCCGUGGCAGAAUGAUAUUUUUGAAGGAUUUUGACAGCUGCUUCAUUUAAGUGAUCGCCUUCGAUAUGGCGAAGACAGGAGCGUGAGCCGUCUUUAAAAUAAACCG